CUUUCCUCUCGGCUCAGUCUGUGAGAAAUCGUCGGCGUGUUCGGUUCGUUUGCUUAUCGGAAAUUUGGAAAUUCGGAAAAUCGGGAAAUUCGGCUGCUUUUUUGUUGCGGGUGGCGGCAAUCGGAAAAACGCGGAAAACUCUGCUCGCCCCAUCAUAGUUUUUCCGAACGUGAGUGGGACAGUGUUGAAGUGCAAUUGCCAAGAAAAAUAACAAACAAACGGCUAAGCUAGGCGCAUCAGUCGUCAGUGCCAAUGUGUUUAUGAUAAAACUCCAACAAAAUUGAAACGUAAUCGGGCGAAAGUUGCCCGUCGCCGGCGAAGUGCGUACAUAAACGGGCUGGUAAAUUAAGAGGAGCAGAGGAGCCCAGGGAGCUUCAAAGGAAGCCAGUUCGACUGUCACUCAGUCAGUCAGUCAGCCAGUUGGACUGUCAGCCAUAUUCGAGGUGAUUCCCCUUCUGUCAACGCAAUGACAUGCGGCAUCUGUCUAUGUGGCCCGAUGGCCAGGACGUGAUGCUGUGCCGCUGUUAGAGAGAGGAAGCCCCGAUGUUCCGAUCCCCCGAUGAUGCUAUUUUUAUGAGGCCCCAGACUACGACGACGACGGAUGCGUGGCCCCAUGAAAAAUCAAUUAACACGCAAAAUUAUUAAAGACGAAAAACAAAAACGAGAACUCGAACGCAAACGCGAACGCGAACGAACGAAGCGCGAGUUUUACUUGGGGUUCCGGGAUCUGUGCGGUGCGUUUUCCCCCCAAUCACCCCAAACACCCCAUCAUCGGAUCAUCCUUUUCCCGAUCAUCCCAACACUUCUGGCGUACAUAACUUCAAAGCAGCUGCAACGGAAUGUCGCGCCUCCGUGGAUUAGGAUGCCUGCUAUUGCUGGCCAUGCUGCAAUUGCAAUCUGUCGCAGCCAUGAAAGUGUCCCUCUUCGGCGAUGGCUACGUAUCGAUGCCGCUGCAGGAGGCCAAGAUGUCAACGAACAUCCGCGUCAAGUUUCGCACCAGGCAGGAGAACGCGUUCCUCUUUCUGGCCGCCGGACGGACGGACUACUGCCUGCUGCGCCUGGAGAGCGGCCUGGUCAGCCUGAGCUAUAAAAUCGAACGGGAUGUGGUGCAGCUGCGAUCGCCCAAAAAGCAGAGGCUCAACGACUUGGAGUGGCACGAUGUGGCGGUGCAGCGGUUCGAGAACAACAUCACCUUGCAGGUGGACGGCUAUAUAAUGCGAAAACAGCUGCCGGGCGACCUCACCGCCCUCAAUAUCCAUUUCGGUACUUUUCUCGGCGGAGUCGGGGACUUUACGGCCGCGUUCUUGGAUGAUGUGAUCGGAUUUCGGGGCUGCAUUUCGGAUGUCUUUUACAACAACAUCAACAUCAUCAAGCGGGCCAAGGACCGCACGAGUCACACCACAAGUACCGGAGUCUCCUGGACCUGCAGCACUGAGUUCGAUGGAACCCUGCAGGACAGCAUUAGCUUCAUGAAGAAUGAUUCCUAUGCACUAAUGCUCAAGGAAUCGCAUGCCAUUGGGGAAACUCUCUCGCUGCAAUUUCGAACGAUGGCCAGUUCUGGUGUGGUUUUCUUCAACGGCGGCUACGACUUUGUGCUCCUCGAAAUAGACGACCAGCGCUUGAAGGUCACCUUCAACAAGGCCGGCAGUCUGGUGCAGUUCAUGACAAACGAGCUCAUCUCCGAUGGCCAAUGGCACAAGGUUCUGUUGCGCUACAACGCCGCGAUUGCGGAGCUAAUCCUCGAUGAUAAUGCCACCGGCGGCUAUCGGGGAGCGCACGCUAAUGAGACCAAGGCGAGCAUAAAUCUCGAGAAGAGCGUCUUCUUUGGCGGCGUCCAGGAGGAGAUGCGCCGCCGGCUCAUCGGGAAGGGACUGCGGAUAAACGAGAUCAGCUUCAAGGGCUGCAUGCGCGACAUCCGGGUCAACGAUCUUCCUCUGGGCUUCGCCGAGAUGACCAUUUCGCGGAGUCUGGCCCUCAGCUGCCUGUGGAAGUACCCCUGUGUGGAGUACAAUCCCUGUCUGAAGAGCGGAGUGUGCAGCCAGAAUGGAGUGGACGGGUUCAUCUGCUACUGCGAUCAGUCCUACUGCAUCAAGGCUGAUUUUCAGGGUCCCUUCAAGAUCUUCACCGAAACAAGUCCCGAAAUCGAACUGCUGUACGUUUCUCCCAUGCAACUUUUGGAAGGCGGCACCGCCUUUCUCUCACACCAUUUCAUAGACAUCAUACUCGACUUACGACGCUAUCCCAGCCUCAACGAACAGUCCAUUAUUUUCCACGUGGUCCAUCAGCCAAAGUUUGGACAACUAUUGCAAUAUUCGCCUGAGAAUAAAAACUUUGUGCCCUGUCGCACAUUCAACCUCGUUGAUUUGGCCACCGAUAAACUGAAGUAUGUGCACAACGGGCAGGAGAACUUCAACGAUCAUGCCACAUUGGAUAUGCAGGUCUUUGGGGAUGUGAAAAAGAUACCAGAGAAUAUAUUGGGCAAACACAGGUUCCUAUUGCACGCGAAUAUAACACCCAUAAAUGAUCCGCCUCAGUUGAAACUGCAUUCGCAUAAAAUCCUGCGAGUGAUCGAGGGAAUCGAAAGGGUACUCGAUGUGGAUCUGUUCAACAUUGAUGAUCCCGAUAGCGAAGCUGGAAACUUGAUCUACACCAUAUUGCCGGCACAAAAUCCCCAAGAGAAGUUCGGUUGUUUUGUUGUGGGAGCUGUGACCACCUCAACCUUUUCGCAGGCGGAUGUGAAUGUGGGAAAAGUAUCGUAUCUGUACAACUCGACCACCGCGGAAUCGUUCAGCUAUCAGCUGCAGUUGCAAGUAUCGGAUGGCAUCGAGACGAGUGCUACGGUCUAUCUGCCCAUUUCGGUGCAUCCGCUGGAACUUCGGCUGGUCAACAACACGGGUCUCAUCAUGAUCCACAAGAGCUCGCUGCUCCUCAGUCCCGCCAAUCUUUCGAUCGGCACUAAUGCCGUGGACGAGCAUAUAGACAUUAGGUACGAUAUCGUGAAGGCACCGCAGCACGGAGUUCUCCAGCGGCUGCGGCAGAUUGAUGGCUCCUGGGUGAACGUGGACUGGUUCAGCGAUAGCCAACUGCUCCUCGGCCACAUUCGCUAUCUGCACAGCAGCGAUUUCCCUUGGCAAGACGAAUUCAAGUUUAUUGCCUCGUUUGGCUUUGUGACCACGCAAACGUUCGACUUCCGCAUCACUUUUACGCGGCUGCGAAUAACGAGCAGCCGACCCUCGCAGAUUUCGAUCGAUGGCAGCCGGGAGAUUCUGCUGACCAGCGAGGUGCUUUCCUACGAGACCACGCCCAUCGGGAGCUUUCCGCGCAACGUGAUCUACAAAAUAACGAAGCCAACUCGAUACGGGGGAAUCUACGUGGAGGGAUCCAGGAAGGCGGCCAAGGAACUGGACUCCUUCACCCAACAGGACAUCGAGAAGCGGAGGAUCCGAUAUCAGACGCAUCACACGAGUUACUCCCGAUUCACAGAUCAUCUGGAGUUUGUGGUCUCCGUUGCAGAAUGCGAUGAUGUGGUGGGAAUUCUGGAGAUUAACUACCGACCUCCCGAGGAGCUAAUCAACAAGCUGAGCUAUCAAACUAGAGAGAUUCUUCAGGUUCAGGAGGGAGAAAGAGCUCUAAUCACAAAGAAUCACUUUGAGAUUCGCUUCAACAUCUACGAGAGUCUGCAGUUUCAGGUUUCAAAGAGUCCCGAACAUGGUGUUGUAUGCAAGUACGAUGAGCAGAUGGGUCUCACAACCCCCAUAGAACUUUUUACCCUGGAACAACUCUUUCGGAAUGACAUAUACUACUGCCAUGAUGAUACGGAAUCCACUAGAGAUACCUUUGAGUUGCUCAUUCUCUCUGGCGAUGAAACAGAUCUUCAGUUUGUUUCCAAUAUGGAGGUGCACAUCAAACUAGUAAACGAUAAUGAACCUUAUCGCAGUGCUUUGGAGAGAAUUUUCCAUGUGGUGAGGAAUGGCAUAAGAACUCUAAAUCCCACAGUGCUUCAAUAUCUGGAUGCAGAUGUGAAUACCAACCACACGGAUAUCCACUAUAUUCACAUUUCCAGCACCAAUGGAGCUUUCUACAGGAAUGGUCACUACGUCGACAGUUUCAGCCAGGAUGAUAUAGGCAACCGGAGGAUCAUGUUCCAGCAUACGGGUGCUGAUUCCGGAACUGCAUCGUUUAUAGUCACCGAUCGCGAGCACGAAGUUAAUGGUUUGCUGGAGAUCCGAGCCUCCGAUCCUUUCGUUUCCAUGAUGGCCACAAAUGCAUCAAUUGUUCAAGAGGGAAAAUUUGUGGUACUCAAGAACAAGGAUUUCAUUUUGGAGACCAAUUUGGACAUGAAACUGGAUGAGAUAUAUUAUGAAGUUAUCAAACCACCCUCGUAUGGCAUUCUCAUGUAUUUGAGUAAGGCGAAUGAGGGCGAGAAUGGUACUACCAUCUAUAAGGCCACAAAUUAUACUUCCCUGAGCAAUUUUACACAUUUGGAUAUUGAAAGGGAGAGAUUGGUUUACUGGAAUACGGAAAUCGCCUCAAUGGAUAAAGUUAGAUAUCGUGUGCACAUCAAAAACAUUACAGCUGAAGGAGAAGUCAUGUUCCGAAUUUAUCCUUCUGCUUAUUGGGAGCCCUUAAAUGUAAAACAAAACCACACACUUUAUGUAGAAGAAUCCACAAGUGUGCUGAUAUCCAGAGAUGUCUUAGAGGUGGUUCAUCCAAACAUUUCCCCCGGAGACAUUACCUUCUUGGUAACAUCCUCACCAAUGCAUGGCUAUUUGGAAAUGCAAUCCAUGUCAUUCGACGAUGAAUACAACUGCAAGGUGUUCGAUCAAUCAUCCAUAAACACUGAAAAACUUUUCUAUAUCCAAGCGGGAGUCAACCAAUCGACGGAUUACUUUGUGUUCGAUGUAACAAAUGGCAUCACUUGGCUAAAACAAUUAACAAUGAAGAUUGUGAUCAUACCAGAAAAACUUUAUAUGCACUCGAAUAUUAUUUCAGUGGUUGAGGGAAAGACUGUGCAACUGAAUCCUACGGAUAUACAGCCUUAUUCAGAAUACUACAGAGGAAAGAUACUGGAGUAUAUUGUGACCAUAACACCGAAUUCGGGUCACAUUUUGGCUGGUAAUUCGAAAGUCAAGAGGUUUACCCAAAAACAACUCGAACAGGGAAAUAUACAGUAUGUGCACAAUGGCAGUGAAAAUGCCACCGACAGUAUUACUUUGGUUGCCAUGGCCAGAAAUAAGGAAAGUGUUCCCUUUGAACUGGAAUUUGCUGUGAUCCCAGUUAACGAUGAGGAACCCAUGAUGGUCACCAAUACGGGAUUGCAAGUCUGGAACGGAGGAAGAUAUGUUAUCAAAAAUACUGAUCUGUUGGCUCAAGAUUACGACACACCUCCGGAAAACCUCACCUUUGUGGUGCACCACGUAUACGGUGGUUACUUAGCCAGAAAAUCAGCACCACAGCUUAAAAUCGAGAAAUUCACACAGGCGCAAAUAAAUCGAGAGGACAUAUACUUCAUGCACGAUUCCAAUUCCAGGAGAAACGAACUUUCAUUUGUGGUAACAGAUGGUUUGUUCAACACCACCACUCAAAUGCUAAACAUCGAAAUUAAGCCCAUUGAAAUCCUGGCUGAACACAAUGAAAAUCUGCAUGUUUUUCCUUUGACCAAGAAACAAAUUCUACGUGAUCAUCUGCACUUUAAAUGUUCGGAUGAAGAGCGGGAGAUUCGCUAUAACAUUACAGUUCCUCCGAGUUUGGGUCGCAUAGUGAAUGAGUUUAUCGAUAAUGGUUUCACUAAAGAAGUCAGUGAAUUCACCCAAAACGAUGUGGAUAAUGGUCACAUAUUCUAUGAGCACACAGCUGUUAUUAUGGAGUUUCGAAUCAAUGAUUCAUUCUACUUUGAUGUGGUGGCUGAAAGAAGCGAUCGGUUGUUGGAUCAGAAAUUCAAUAUAGAGAUCUCUGUUUCAUCAGGUGGUUUGCUAAGAUUCUUGCCAGUUAACAAACUAAACGUGGAUGAGGGAGGUUCGGUGCCUAUUAAACUGGAUUUUUCAAAGAUUUUGGAGUAUCUAAAAACCAAAGCUGGCAUUAAUAAUCCAGAGCUGUUUAUAGAGGCCAUACAAAAACCCACACAUGGAAGUGUUGGCUUGGGUCGGGAAUUUAAAAAUAUGCAGAAAUAUCACCCAAGUGAUUUUCUAACCAAGAAAGUCUACUUCAUACACGAUCAUUCGGAUACCUUGGAGGAUACCAUACUAAUGUCGGUUUAUCUAACACAAGGAAACAUUUUCCUGUGCAAUCUGACAAUACCAGUGAGCAUAAAUCCCAUCAACGACCAACCCUUCCAUUUGAUCACCCACCUGCCACAAAUGACUGUAGUUGAGGGUCAGAAUCGUACGAUAACCCGGAAUGAUUUGCUCACCGAAGAUGCGGAUACUCCACCGGAAGAAAUUCUAUAUGAUGUGAUGAGUGGACCCACAUUAGGAGUACUUAAAAAGAUCACAAACGAUGGACAAAUCGAGGAUCUGCUGGCCUUUUCAAAUCAGUUUACUCAAGCGGAUAUUAAUAACGAUCGGAUAAUAUAUGUGCACUUUGGCAUGCCGCAGUCCACGACAUUUUGCUUCACUGUAUCUGAUGGCCAAUCGAAUGCUGCCUACGAGAUAUUCACCAUAAAAAUAGCUCCCAUAAUCCUGCAACCUUCUGCAUUGCAAAUUCCAGUGAGAGUUCAACAAGGAGCCACCAGUGCUCCCAUGAAACUGGAUCACUUAGGAGUGUCCACAAAUGUUCACAUGGAGAGAUUAUCUUACAACAUAACCAAUUCUCCUCUUUAUGGAAUUAUUGUUUACAAACAUCAGCCAACUUUGAGGUUCACCCAACAGCAGUUGGAAACCUCGCAGAUAAGUUAUAUGCAAACGGACUUGAAUCGAUCGAACGAUACUUUUCAGGUGAGUGCCUAUGUUCCGGGCACAAAUUAUGCAGCUCAAGUGGAUGUGGUGAUGGAAGUGGAACCUGUAAUACAAAUAAACGAUAUAGUGAUGAAGGAUGCCGAUCCUGCAGGAGGUAAAAUAAAGCUACUCACCUCGUUGGACAACGAUAAUCCUCUCUCCCUGAAACUCAACAAGUUCAAUCCGAAGUUUGUCAUCACAAGAAUGCCAGCCACUGGACAAAUCAGGAAGAUAAUCCGAAGUACGGGAUUAAUGAGCGAUGGACAGAACGAGAGAUCCACCAAUAUAUUUUCCUACAAAGAGCUGCGAAGUGGAGUGGUUUACUUUGUGCCCCAUGAAUCUGUUGAAGAAACGGAAGCGGAUAGCGAUAGUUUCGACUAUCAGCUGCUCAUAAAGACAGUGCAACCUGCACAGGCCACAGUAUCGAUUGAAUAUAGAAGUAAAGUCGAGGAAACGGAAACGGUUCACUUGGGUAGUGCUGGUUUAUCCCUAAACUACCUUGCCAUAGGAUGUGCCAUAUUUAUAGUGCUGAUCUGCCUGCUAAUCGUGCUUCUGAUAUUGAAAAUCCGUAAGCUGAGGAAGCACAAGGCGGAUAUAUCCAAGGAUCAGCCGCCGGCGCUGCCCUGUCCACCGGACUUGACUUCGGUGAGUCCGCAGCACCACCUGCACCACCAUCAGAACCACCAGUACGCCAGUUCCGAGGCGGAUUCCACACCUGCAACGGGAAGUUCUACUCCACUACCUGGUUUUAGUAAUAUUCCCCAUUGCAAAAUCAUACCCGUGGAGUCCUACAAGCACGAGUUUCCCGACUACGAUCCCGACGAGGAGGAGACGGAGGACCACUGCGAUCCGCAGCAGAUGAUGCUGCCGCAGAGAUACAAUCCCUAUCAUCCGGAACACGAUGCCUGGAGUUCGUCCUGCGACAUGGCGAAUGAUUUUGCCGGCUACUCCUCCGUUCCGCAGAGUAUUUCCGGUUCGGUCAGCUCACCGCCCUCGGCCCCGCCCACAAAUCCUCUGCUGAGGCGGAAUCAGUAUUGGGUGUGAGUUAUAGAAUCCGAGAUAUAUACUCAGUGGGAUCAGUGGGAUCAAUACACCUUUAACUGGGUAAACGAUUUUUCCAAUCGGAUCGGAUGUAGUCCUAGAUUAUUUAUUUAAGUUUAAGCUUACGUUUAAGGCUGAUUUAUGAGAUUCGUUAGGGGAAGUGCAGCAUUUUAUACACUGGAAAAAAAGUUUAUAUUAGUAUGUAGACAACAAGUACAUACAUAUCUGGCGUGUCAUAUACAAACGAUUAGUGGUAAGAACGAAAAGAAGAGUUAUACUCAAAAGCCAACUUAACUUAGCCUUAGCAUUGUGUUUGCCAACAUGGAAUACUUUUUACAAUAAAUGACAAUACUUUUAAGCGAA